CCAUCACCACUUACAUCCACCAAAAAAAAAACCCCACCUUGCACCCUCACCCUCACGACGAAAAAAAUGGCCUCUCGCUCAACACCAAUCGUUUCCUCGAUCCUGCGCCAGCUCCGCUCGCAACCCCAGCGCAUCAUCCGCGCUCGCCCCGCCGCAGUUUUCCAACCCUUGAUCGCCUCCCGCGCGGCGCAUUCGAUCCCCCGCCCGCCGACGCAAAAGUACGCGCAGCCCAAUCGCGAGCAGUCACAACCCGGAGAGGAGCCCACGAGCGAGGGCGAGCGACCAGAAAUUAAGCCAUCGUACUAUCAGCUGUCGUUCACCUGCGUGCCUUGCGGCCAUCGCUCCCACCACAACGUCUCUAAGCAGGGCUACCACUACGGCUCUACGCUUAUUACCUGCCCCGGAUGCCGAAACCGUCACGUCAUCAGCGAUCAUUUGAAUAUCUUUGGCGACCGCAAGAUAACCGUCGAGGAUCUCAUGCGGGAAAAGGGACAGCUCGUCAAGAGGGGAAGCUUGGGCGAGGACGGCGAUAUCGAGUUCUGGCCAGAGGAAUCUCUUGCUCAGUCUGAAGAGGGAACUGGAAAGACCGAGACUUCAUAAAUCGCCAUAUGGAUUUCAAAAUGUACGAAUAAAGAUAAAAGAGCACCAUGUUGUAUGAUAGAGUAGAGGGCAUUGGGUGGCGUUGGUAGGAUACCCUUCUCAUAGACAAAACAUAUUGAUAAAGAUUCGCCUUGAUGGCGUUG